UUGAGAGGCCUUUAUUUUGACAUCCAGCUAGACAGGAAGUUGUUAGAGGAUGUGUUACAGGAGUCAGUUUGAGCCUGUCUGCAGCAGAGACAGCUGCCUUCAUCUUCCACUCUUAAUGGGUUACAGUUUGUUUCCAUGCUUGUUCAAGCAACGUCUUUUCACAAAGUAAAGAUUCAGUAAAUUCACAACAAAGAAUCUGCUUUUGUGGAGUUGCUGAGUAUCUGUUUAGCUGCUUGGAUAGCUAACUCUUAGCGAGGCCAAGACAGUGAAAAGACGGCAUCACAGCAAGCACGGAGCAGCGCUGUUUCAAAGCUAAGUGGCAAACAAACUCACAAGUGGCUUACAUCUACUGAACUGUCUUUCAAGCACUUUUUAAAUGAUGGAGCGCAGACCUUCAGCAAAAUUUGAGACACAAUCAUUAGCAUCUCAUAGCGUCCAAGCUUCAGUUAGCUCCAGAUCUAACAUUGUGCUUUUGCAAGCUAAAGCGAAAGCUGAAGCAGCUCAAACUAGAGCAACAUUCAUGAAAAGGGAGGCAGAAAUUAAACUGGAGCAAGCACGUCUGCAAGCCGCACUUGAUUCGCUCAGAGCAGACGAAGAGCUAGAAACAGCAAGAGCUGAAAUGCAAACAUUAGAAGCUGGAUUAAUGGAAAUGGGCUAUGAGAUAAGGAGUAAUGCCUCUAGUUCAGAUCUAGAAGAAGCUACAAAGCAACUUGUUUCCAAAUAUGUACUGGAACAAAGGAGUGUCACUACAGGUGCCACACCAUAUCAGAUGAGGAGUGCAGAUGCAGAUAGCAUGUCAAAUUGCUAUGCUGCUACAGAUCAACAAGCGCCAAUAAAUCACACAGCUACUGAUUAUGGCCCGCCUCCUCUUCUAAGCACCCCGAGAGUUAAUAGUACACUACCUCAUUCAAGUAAUGGUCCUCCACCUGUACCAGCUCCGCGGCGUUCUAGCCUCAGAGUGCCUGACCGUACAGAUUACCAGUCUUUCAAUCUCACCAGUGAUCUUGCUAAAUUUUUAGCUCGCAGCCACAUGGUAACCUCAGGGCUCAGUCCCUUUGAUGAUAAGCCCAUAAAUUACUGGGCAUGGAAGGCAUCAUUUAAGAGCGCAAUAGCUGGCUUAGAUCUGUCAGCAACUGAAGAGCUAGAUCUUCUUGUGAAGUAUCUAGGCAAGGACUCAGCUGAGCAAAUCAAACGAAUUAAAGCCGUUAACAUCCGACACCCACCAGCCGGAUUGUCAUUAGCCUGGGAACGGCUCGAGGAGACAUAUGGCUCACCUGAAGCUAUGGAGCAUGCACUUUUUUCAAAGGUGGAAAAGUUUCCCAAGGUUUCAUCCAACGAUCCAUGGAAGCUGCGUGACCUAGCAGAUCUACUGUCAGAGCUGGAAUAUGCAAAGUUAGAUGGCAGUCUACCAGGCCUGUCAUACUUAGACACUGCCAGAGGCAUACACCCCAUAGUGGAGAAAUUGCCUCACAACAUACAAGAGAAGUGGAUAUCACAUGGCUCAAAAUACAAACGCACCCAUCUAGUCAGCUUUCCACCGUUCUCUGUGUUUGUGAAGUUUGUUCUCACAGAGGCUAAAGCACGCACAGACCCCAGUUUUAGUCUCUUUGCUUCUUCGUCUACACCUGCAAAUGUGAAAAAGAGCUAUUCAGACUGGUCAGCCAAAACACCUGUAGCGGUCCACAAGACGCAAGUCUCUUCUACUGGAGAGUCAACCAGUGAGAACGAGAGCAGUGCAGUGAACCCAAGCAAACAGUGCCCGAUCCAUCAAAAGCCUCAUCCGCUCAAAAAGUGUCGCGGGUUCAGACUGAAGACAAUGGACGAGCGUAAGCAGCUCCUUAAGAAGUUCUCCAUCUGUUUCCGUUGUUGUUCCUCCACGCAACACCUGGCUAGAGAUUGUACAGCUGAAAUUAAAUGUACAGAAUGUGAGAGUGAUGCUCAUGUAUCAGCACUCCACCCUGGUCCUGCCCCUUGGUCAUCCAAAGCGUCUCUUCCCCCAGCAAACCAUGGCGGGGAGGGUGACAAAGCGGACAGCCAAGAGGUAACUUCAAAGUGUACACAGGUGUGUGGAGAAGGAGUAAGCCCACGGGCAUGUUCCAAAAUCAGCCUAGUCAAUGUGUAG